CAUGGAUUUGUCAAAGUCCUGGUGGAGCUUACACUGGAUAGUGAUUGUCCUGAUCAUGUACUUCUGUGGCUAGAUGAUGAUUCGUUUAUCCGUAUUGGGGUCACUUACUGCAAUUUGCCCCCCAGUAUGUCAAACAGAGGGUUGGUUAAUCUGGACUAGAUAGAACAUUUUAAGGAUUGUGAUGUGGAGGCUCUCCCUUCACAAUUUUCUGAUCAUUGUGG